AGGGGGCGGUACCGUGUCGAAAGUCAAAGGUCAGUAAAUAGUGGUGAUGUCAUGCGGGGAAGAUGGCGGAAGGGGAGGACGUGGGGUGGUGGCGGAGCUGGCUGCAGCAGAGCUACCAGGCGGUCAAGGAAAAGUCCUCCGAAGCCUUGGAGUUCAUGAAGCGGGACCUGACAGAGUUCACCCAGGUGGUGCAGCAUGACACGGCCUGCACCAUUGCAGCCACGGCCAGCGUGGUCAAGGAGAAGCUGGCUACUGAAGGCUCCUCGGGGGCGACGGAGAAAAUGAAGAAGGGUUUGUCUGACUUCCUAGGAGUGAUCUCCGACACCUUUGCUCCCUCAGCAGACAAAACCAUCGACUGCGAUGUCAUCACCCUGAUGGGCACGCCCUCUGGCACAGCUGAGCCCUAUGAUGGCACCAAGGCUCGUCUCUAUAGCCUGCAGUCAGAUCCGGCAACCUACUGCAAUGAACCAGAUGGGCCCCCGGAAUUGUUUGACGCCUGGCUUUCCCAGUUCUGCUUGGAGGAGAAGAAGGGGGAGAUCUCAGAGCUUCUUGUAGGCAGCCCCUCCAUCCGGGCCCUCUACACCAAGAUGGUGCCCGCAGCUGUUUCCCAUUCAGAAUUCUGGCAUCGGUAUUUUUAUAAAGUUCAUCAACUGGAGCAGGAGCAGGCCCGGAGGGAUGCCCUGAAGCAGCGGGCAGAACAAAGCAUCUCUGAGGAGCCUGGGUGGGAAGAGGAAGAAGAGGAGCUUGCGGGCAUCUCACCCACACCUCCAAAAGAGGCAAAGGUUCCUGUGGCCAAAACUUGCACAUCCCUUGAAGGAGGACCUGGCCCCCAGAGUCCCUGUGAAGAGAAUCCGGUGAUCCCAGUCGAGCCUCCAGCAGAAGUCACCCCAUCAGAGAGCAGCGAGAGCAUCUCCCUCGUGACCCAGAUUGCCAAACCUGCCACCACCCCUGAGGCGCCAGCACUGCCCAAGGACCUGUCCCAAAAGCUUCUAGAGGCGUCUUUGGAGGAACAGAACCCGGCUGUGGAUGUGGGCGAGACUGGACCCCCGCCCCCAGCUCAGUCUAAGCCCCACACCCCUGCCGGUCGCCCCAGUGGCCCAGAGCCCAGGCCUCCAGCCAGAGUAGAGACUCUCAGGGAGGAGGUGCUCACAGACUUACGGGUGUUUGAGCUGAACUCGGACAGUGGAAAAUCUACACCUUCCAACAAUGGAAAGAAAGGCUCAAGCACAGACAUCAGCGAGGACUGGGAGAAGGACUUUGACUUGGACAUGACCGAAGAAGAAGUGCAGAUGGCACUUUCCAAAGUGGAUGCCUCUGGUGAGCUGGAAGAUGUAGAGUGGGAGGACUGGGAAUGAGGGAGCCAGAACAAGCGGCUCCCCCUCCCACAGGACCUCCCAUUUCCCUCGGUCGUCUCAGCCCAGCCCUGGAAGACACUGACCAAGAAUGUCCCCCAAAUGGCCUCAACCAGAGCUCUAGGCACAGAUUCUGGGUUGCUUCUUGCUGGCCCUGGGGGCCCCUGCUCACAUCUGGGAAGGGGCUCACAAACCAAGAACUCUGACUUGUGCCAACCAUAGGACGACCCUCACCGGAAGAGCCUACAUUUUUAUGCUGAAUUCCCUGUUCCUGGGGACUCUUGCUGGGAAGUCCCAAGGGACAGCUCCAUCCCUUCUGCCUCUGUGGACAGGAGCUGAACCACCAGUCUCUUGGAAGAAGCCAAGUCAACACACUGUCCACCCAUAAGCAGGCAGGGAAGGACAUGCCACCUGCCAUUGGCUAGAUAGGGAUGACAACCUGUUUGGUUCUUAUUCCAGUGGGUAAGAGACAUUUGAUUCUGGGGAAUUAGCCUCUCUUGGGAAUCUCCUCUUCCCAGGCAUUUUCCAUUCCCAGAAAGGUUCCUUGUGGUUCAGAAUCUAGAGACCAAACCCAUCUCCUUUCAUCCAGCCCAGCUGGUAUGUCCCCCACACUUUUCCCAGGGCUUCUUCAUGUCGGAUGCACCCAAGUCCUUAGCCCAGCUGUGCCACCUGCAAGACUCUACUCUUGCUUUUCUUCCCCUCCCCAUGAAGGGAGGGGCCCCUUCAGGCCCUUCUGUACGAUGCCUGGGGGUACUUUGUCCAGCCAGCUACCCACCUCAAUUCACCUGGAUCUUAGGACACAAGCCAGCUCGCAGUGGCACAGAGCAGUGAUCAAAGCUGAGUACUUACAACUCUGGUAAGCCCAAUUUCUCUGCCUCAGCCCUUCUGCUUCUAGAAGGGAUGUGCUGGGGUGAAUUCUUGAGACUCAUCAGGCUUCUGAAAAAGCUCUUCUUGAAGGCAGACCCAUCUUUGUCUCUCUCACCCUCCACUCUGCUAACGCAGCCCCUCUAGGGGAAUGCGGGCUGCAGGGAUCCCUGGAGGUCUUGGCGCUGACAGGGCUGCUCUGGUGUUCCAGUGCAGAGUCUGGUGCUCACCAGUGAUUUAAUGGGAGCAUGGCUGGGAUCCCCAGGAGUGAGGGGGUGGGGUGGAGAGAAUGCUGAAUCUUUGUGAUGGGAUGGGGUUUUUCUCUUUGUAAUUAUUUCUUUAGUUUAAUCUAUCUUUUGGUUGUUUGUGCAAUAUUAUAUAUUUUAAAUUAUAAUGCAUCUCUCCAGAGUAUUUUGUAGCUGGGAAAAGAAAAAGAAAAAAGGAGAAAAAAAAGAUUCUAACAGCUGUUAGUUUUGUAAUUAAAAAAGAAAGAAAAAAGAACUUUGUUCUGACCUUUUCCAGACUGUCGUUAACAGCAUUAAAGAAGUCAACAGAA